GAACGCUCCCACUGCCAGAACCCUUUUGGUAAAAUACCAACUGUCUGAUGAUCUGAAGUUCUGUCAGCUGAUGUUUUCUUCUGCAGUGAGAGUAAGAAAGAGAUCAACUUGAAUGCACACACAGAAACAUUGGAUGAUGACCUUUCAUUGUUAUUAAUAAAGGGGUCAGCAUGCAAAGAUUGAGGACUUGCCUCGUGAAGUGGUAGUCAGCUCUGUGGAUGUUGUGGCUAGGCAGAGCACAGCAAACUCAGAGAAAAAUGGCAGCCCCAGCUUUCGCACCAGAACGUUCGCUUGUUUUGGAAUGUUUCCGGUGCGUGCUCGGUGACGUCAACACGCGGAAGUGAGACGCAAUGAUAAAGAUGGCGGUGAGCUUAACAAGUUGUGAAUGUAAAACUGCAGAGGAAGAUAGUCAGCCAGUGUUUGUUGUUCAAAUCUAGGCCCUGGUGAUUUUUCCAUGCGUCGUCUGUGCUGCUCUCGGUGAUAGCACAGCGAUAGUGUUGUUUAUAUGUGAUCAUGUUUAAAAUAACUGAGUUUUCUUUGGAAAUAAGCUAGUGUUUAUGUUACAUCUGUGCAAGUCUACAGUGCAUCUUGGGAAACUGGGAAUUGAACAUGAAUUGCAUUUGUGUGCAGUGUGUUACCAAGUGCAAUAUUUCUACUAAUUCAUUAGAAAAAACUUACAGAAAAGGAUAUGUUUAACCAUGAGAGGAGAAACUGUAUCUAUUUCAAAUUCUCCAGAUUUGUAACAAAUUUAUCAAAGUAGUUAUUUGCAGAACGUGUUCAUUUAAAAUAGAAACUUCAGAACUUGUGUUGUGAAAAUAGAUUUGAUUUGAAAUAAGAUCUAACCUGAUCCAACCAGACCUCAUUAAUAAAGAUGAACGUGUUUCAAAGAAACAAUUUGCAAAAAACUGCUUUGAGAUCAGAAAUGCAGCGACUGUGAACCACUUAGUGCUGCAUUUGAAUCGAGUACAAAUGCUUUAAUCAGGGAAGUGCUCUUGUGGGGAUAAUGCAGUAAAUACGAAUUUCAGUCAAGGGAAAACCAUUCAAAGAAACCUCAUGUUGCAGUGGUUACAUCUGCGGGAAUGCCAAGAACAGAAAGAGCACCGAAGAAAACUUCUUCAGUGAUGGUAGUGGUGCUCGUGUGAGCUGUGUUGACAAAACAGUUCUCUCCAGAGAUAACCCAUAAUUCGAUGGAUCCGGAAAACUACUCUGUGUUAACUUUUGUGAAAAAAACCUUAAGCAUAAUGAUACAAAGUGAGAGUGAGAAACUUAUUCGAUUUUGUGGUGUUGAAAAUAGAAAAUUUAUUGAUAAACUAAGUCUUCAAGGCGAUUGCAUGAAUGAGAUAUGUUUAUGCAAUACAAGUUCUUGUAAGGUACCGAGAAACAUGGCUUCUGAUCAGAGUGCUAAAUGUAGUUGUACUGGUGUGAGUGGUGGGGCUGCUGAUAUAUCAGGCUCGGAGAAUUGCACUGAAGGGACAGCUGAUAUUUCAGCUUCGGAAGAUUUUAAAGAAUCUGAUCCUGGCUCAUGCAGUACAACUAAGGAUCUCAGUUGCGAGGUAAAUGGCACUUCUUCAGAAGUUUGUGAUCAUCCAGAUUCAAACAGAAGAUUUAACACAGAUGUUGUGACUAAGGAUUUUGAGACUAAUAACAUCCUUCCUGUUAUCUUUGAUGUGGGUGAAUCUUUUGUCACUGGGGCUGUGGGAAAUAGUAAAUGCGAUAACAGUUCAAGUUAUUUUGAUGCUGACGGGAAAGAGGAAACAAAUCAAGGUGGCAAUAUCGUUUCAAGAGGUAACAAUAAAGAAUUAGAGAAGAUAUGUGUUGCUGACAAUCUGGGAACUAAUGAGAAGCAAGAUGGAGAAGACUGUGUAGAGGAGGUUCCAAAGUACUUAGGUAACAUGUUUGAUGUUUUCAACGGGCUGAGUUUGGAAGGAAGUGUUGUUGACAGUGAAUUUGAUAAAACUGUGAAACAGGAUGAGGAAGUAGAUACGAAUGAUAAUUUGCCUCUUGAACAGACUGAUGCUUCGACUUGCCAUUCUCUCAGCCCUCAAACAAACCCUGACAUUAAACCCAAUUUUUCAUCCAAUGGGGAAGAAGUUUGUCGGAAGUUUUCUACAAGCUUACCCUCGGUGUUUGGUAAUUCAAUUUUCUACGACAUACAGAUAGAGCAAGACACAUUCUCUUUGCCCAAUGGACCAUCAAGCUGUAGUGAUUCUGCACUGAUAGAUAAAGUUACAUCUUGGAAAUCAGGUCAGUCUUCUUCUGAGGAUUAUGACGAAAUGGAACCCACUAAAAUGAAAGAAUUUUUAAAAAGGAGGAGAAGUACAUCUGGAGCUCACAGAAUAAGGGAUCUAAUCGCCAAAUUUUCUUUAAGAAGCACCAUCCAUUCUGUAGAGGAGUUUGUAGCCAGAAAUUUCAGGAAAAUGUUUAAAAAUUCCGAAGUGGAUACAGAAGCCUCAGUUUCCAAGCAGGAAAGAAAUAACAAGACAUGCGAGCAGGACAAGCGAAGGAGAAACAAGGUGUUUCUUCCAGGGUAUAUGGAAGAAAAGAAUGGUCAGGAGGAGGAUUCAGAGGAGGACGACAUAGAAGACUUUGGUCCAGGGUGGGUGAAACGUAGAGUAGCACAAAUUGAGGAAAUCAUCUCUGCUAAAGAGAAAAAUCCCAGCAAAAAUUGCCUGACCAGUGAAGAAAAUAAAGAAAUGUUGCUGAAUUUACAGUUACUGCCACUCCAACUGUGUGCCACAAGCACCAUGCCUAGUCUUGGGGAAAAAGUGGAUAAAGAGACCUCAGUCAUGGUUUGUGGUGUUGAUACUGUUGUUGGUGAUCUUGAUACUAUUGCAACAAGUACUACUGUGGAAGACGAAUAUUCCAGCACGUAUCUUUGCCCGAAGGCGCCUGUAUCAAGCUCCCUCUGUGCAGACACAGAUAAGGAAAGUCCAGACCGUGACACAGGCCAAGCAAGCACGCCUGUUUCCACAGACAGCUCUGACUCUGACACUGAAGAUGAAGAAGGUGGAGCAGUGGAGUUCAGGAGUACUACCCGAGGUAUCAGAGCCUCUUCGUUCUAUAGGUACUCUUCUGUUCGCCCAAGGACCAUGAUCAUAGGAGUCUGCACCGAGACCCACUUCCUGUCCGACUCCUUCGGCGACGGCGUGAGCGAGACGGAGAGCGAAGACGAAGAGGAUGACGGCGCCCCGCCCCCCACCACCCAUCACCAACAUCACAACAACACCAACACCACCCCCUCCUCCACGCGCUCUCUCUCCCGCGCGCAAUCACCUGCCAGGACUGAUCACCACCACCACCAUCAUCAUCACCAUCACCACCACUCGCGCCCACAUUCCCCGCUCUCGGACAUGGACACGGAAUCGAAGAGGAAUUCCCAGGCUGUAAGUACCGAACCAUCAGAAGUAGAUGAUCACAGCUCGGUAACCACCAGUGACCUGGAGUCAUGUCAUGACCCCUCUUCUCCGAGGUCAUCUCUGCUUGCCACUGAAACGACUCAUGCGCACCAUUUAGACCAUGCUAUCGACCAUGCUCACGAUGCCCGGAAGGACAAAGCCUACAGAAUUGCCUUGGAACUGUUACAUACUGAAAGAACUUACGUCAAAGUUUUGCACCUAAUUGACCAGGAAUUCCAGUUUCGAGUUGAUAAUGAAAACAGAGCUCACCACAUGUUCCCCCAAGACAUUAUUCCUCACAUGUUUUCUAAUGUUAAAUCGAUCUACAAACUUCACCAUGACUUUUUGCUGCCCCAGUUGGAAGAUCGUAUGGCACAGUGGGAACAGAACAGGAGGAUAGGUGACAUUAUGAAGAGCUUUGCUCCCUUCUUGAAAAUGUAUACAGAAUACGUAAGAAAUUUUGAUAAUGCCAUGACACUUAUCAAUCAGUGGCAGUCAAAAUGCCCGCGGUUUGCAGCCAUCAUGGAUGAGAUUCAUUCUAUGGAAGCAUGUGCGAACCUAACACUCCAGCACCAUAUGUUGUCACCGGUGCAGCGAAUUCCUCGUUAUGAAAUGCUCAUACGUGAUUAUCUGAAAAAACUACCAGAAGAUUCUCCUGAUCGACAUGAUACAGAGAAGGCACUGCAGUUAGUUUCCAUGGCAGCAAAUCAUGCGAAUGAUGCAAUGAAAAAAAUUGACAAAUUUGAGAAGCUUUUAGAAAUCCAAGAGAGUUUAGGAGGAGCAGUGGAUCUAGUGUCGCCAACUCGUGAGCUUGUUAAAGAAGGCAAAAUAAUUAAGAUAUCAGCCAGAUCUGGAGAUCAUCAAGAAAGAUAUGUGUUUUUGCUCACAGAUUUGUUAUUGUUGUGCUCUCCAAGAUUAAUGGGAGGCCGAGUGAUGAGUGGACCUCAGUAUCGUCUCCGAGCUAAGUAUAAUGUAGAUAAUCUGCAGGUUUUAGAAGGCGAUAACUUGGAGACGGCUAACACAUUUUACAUCAGAGACAAUAAUAAAUCAGUUGAAUUGUAUACUCAAACAAAGGAAGAAAAAGAGCUUUGGCUAGAAGCACUUUUUCAAGCAAUUCAUGAAACAUAUCAGAGAAAAUCUUCGUUGAAAUUACACUUCAGUCCUGACCAGCGUGUUGUGGAUGUAGACCUUGGUCAAAAGCAGCCUACAUUAGUACGAUCUGACUCAGUGACAAAAUGUAUGGAGUGUGGUAGCCAGUUCACCAUGGUGCGACGAAAGCACCAUUGUAGGGCUUGUGGAGCAGUGGUCUGCAACAAGUGUUCAAGUUUCAAAGCAUCUUUAGCAUAUGAAAGUGGAAAGAACGUCAGAGUUUGUCGAACUUGCCAUACAACGCUACAGGAACUCUCAUCAUCAACUGCUACACCUUCACCUGAAAUAGAUGAUUCUGAUGAAUGUGCUGUCCAUAGUACGAAGGAGCAGUCAGAUAUGGCUUUUAGAAGUAGAGGUGUAUUAGAGGUGUCUGCUAAAACUGGUGGAGCAGUUAUGGAAGGUUUUCUUCAGCUUAAAACUCAUCGGAAAGCCUGGGUUAAACGGUGGUUUGCUUUGCAUACAGAUUUUGUCUUGUAUUCGUUUAAGUGUGAAGCAGAUGAACAAGCUCUGACAGCUACCCCAGUACCUGGAUUUACAGUUACACAUCUUCAGGGCACAAGGAAUGAAAGUGGCAUCAGUGAUAAAGAAAAAGAAAGAGCAUUUAAGCUUCACCAUUCGAAGAAGCAUUAUAUUUUCCAAGCAGCUUCCAAAGAUGAAAGUUUAAGAUGGGUGGCCGCAUUAAAAAAAGCAUCCCAGGCUGAGUUGCCAUCUCCAGUUCAAUGACGAGAGCGGCAGGUGAUCGAGGCCCUCAUUACAUGUCUGUGAGAACAACAUACACUAACCAUUUGGACACACUUUAAUACAUAUAAAAACACAUUCCUUCACACCAUUCAUAGUGUUUAUACAUGAAAAUAGAUGGCUUGGAGAGUAAUGAUGAUGUGUUUAUUCAUUACUGUAAAUUUUGAACUAAACUUUUAUUGUUUUUUAGCAUAUUUAUAUUCAAGAAUUUUAUUUAAAAGUACAGUUUUAAUGUUUCUAAUGAGUGAUAUUCAACUUGUAAUUUUAAUUGAAUUGUAAUUUUCACAGUUCUCAUUAAAGUAACUACCGUACAUUUUGGAUUUUAAUGGCUUUAGUUUGGUAAAA